ACACAAAAUCUUAGAAGAAAAAUAAAAGAUUACAAAAUUUGUCUUAGGAGAUUAAAGCUUGUAGCUCUCUCAACCUCGUUUCCAGAUAAAGUCAUGAGUUUGUGGGUUUGAGAGAGAACAGAGCGUCUCAGAAAUCUAAAACUAGCUUUGAGAGGGUCUUCAAUGGCAGACGCGCGAGAGAUUUGAUCAAGUAAUUCCGCCAUUAAAACUGGAGCGAAGAAAAACAGAGUAUUAUCCUUACAGAGCGACAGAGGCCCACGAAGCGCCGCAGAGCAGACAGCAAACCUUCAUAUUUUAAACCUCCAAAAAAUGUCAAAAGUUGAAAGAUCAACCUCCAUUUAGCGACAGCAAAAUCCCAGUCCAAACGCUACAGAAUUUUCCCAUCUAUUUCCUUUCGGGUCUCUCAAUUAAUUGCCCUCUCUCUCUCUCUCUCUCUCUCUCUCUCUCUGUCAAUUCAGCCAUGGCGAGAUUUGAUUUACAGAGAUAGGGCUUCAUAAUAUACGAAUCCUUAGUUUCGUUUCUCAAAUUUGAACUCAUAGAAACGCGAAAAGAGCGAUGGAUUUGAGGAAAAUCGUGGUGAUUGUUGAGGAUGUUGAAGCAGCUAGAACGGCAUUGAAAUGGACGCUCAAUAACCUAAUGCGCUACGGCGAUUUGAUUACUCUUCUCCAUGUAUUUCGCACUACAAGAUCCAAAAGCGCUUCCAAACUUCGUCAUCUCCGAUUGAACGGCUAUCAAUUAGCCCUAUCCUUCAAAGACCUCUGUACCACUUUCCCCAAUACAAAGGUAGAGAUUAUUGUGACGGAAGGCGGCGGCGGCGGCUGCGACGAAGAAGGUAGAAAGAUCGCGGCCGUGGUUAGAGAGAUUGGAGCUUCUGUACUUGUGGUCGGCCUCCAUGACCGCAGCUUUCUGUACAAGAUGGCUGUGGAGGAAGAUGAUAUAGCAAGGAACUUCAAAUGUAAAGUUCUGGCAAUCAAGAGCUCGACAGAAGAAUCACAGAAAACCAAAAACGUGGAGGUUAUAGCAGCAGCGGAUACGGGCAGUUCAACAAACAUGGACUUUUCCCAGAUCGAGAUUGCCAAAUUACAAGCACCUGAAAUUCCUCCGCAGAAAAUUCCAUACAGAAUCUGCCCCGACCCUUCUGCCAUUAUUUGGAGAUCCAAGAGAUCAAGAACAAGGUGGACCUUGUGACAUCGGGCCUCUCUCUUUAUUUAUCUUCUACUCCUUCAUUCCACUAAUGCAUCUUCUCUCUCGCUUUACACACCCUCUUAGACAUCCCCAAUAAUGGAGUUUUUCUUUUCUUUU